AACGAGUUGAUUCAUAAACCAAGUUAUUUCUCUAAUCAAUUCAAUCAUCAUAAAUAUUCUCUCUAAACCCUAACCGUCAUGUCUGAACCGACGAUCCGACUGGCCACUGCAGAGGAUGUACCCCUCAUCCUGCAGUUCAUCUGCGAACUGGCCGACUACGAAAAGGCGCUGCACGAGGUGGAAGCAACGGAAGCGUCUUUACUCGCCACUCUCUCCUUCCCCGGUGACACUGAGCUCAAAGACUCGCGCAAGAAAGGCGUGUAUACGGCGCUGAUCACCCCCGCCGGAGCCACCGUGCCCGUGGGGAUGGCGCUGUAUUUCUACAACUACUCGACCUGGCGCUCGGCGCCGGGGAUCUAUCUCGAGGAUCUGUACGUGCAGCCUCAUGCGCGUGGGAACAAGUACGGCCUGCGUCUGCUGCGCUUCCUAGCCCAGCAGGUGAAAGCCGUGGAUGGGCGCCGGCUGGAAUGGAGCGUGUUGAAGUGGAACACGCCCAGCAUUGAUUUCUAUGUCAGUGAGGCCGUGGGGGCCAAGCCGAUGGACGAAUGGACCAAGAUGAUGGUUGACGGCGAGGCAUUGGAUCGGUUGGCCAACUAGUUUUGAAAUAUAUUCAUCAUCUGUCUAUAGUAGUUGAGACUGUUGUUUAAGAGUACAGAAAGCUCUAUACUCUCUAUGACAGCUUUUAGAUGCUGUAACAAUGAUAAGAGAAGAAACGAAAUCACAUUCAACCA